UGCACCUAAGGAAAAAGGAACCUUCUGAGUGGAGGUACCUUGCGAAUUUUCCUUUGCAACGCAUGGGUCGUUUUUUUCGUGUGCGGUGCACGCAAGCUCGACUGCCACGAUUGCGUCCAAGAAAGCAGAUAAAUUCCGUGGUGUUCCUUGAGCUCUAAUAGUUGCAUUUUGGAAGCCGGGAAUCUCCGCGCGCUCUCUUUUUCAAGCCUUUUCCGGGGGAAGUCGAUCGCUCUUUUUGCGAGAAAAUCACAUCUAACACCAAGACAUAACUCUCGGGACUCGGGCCCCGCGAUUGCCAGCGAAGAGUCGUCGACCCGCUCAGUGAAGACGCUAUCCUCCACCUUCGCGGCAAUAAUGCAGGCUCUUUUCUGUCUGAACAUGUUAAUAGUCAGCUCUAGUUUCUGUUUUCAGGGAAGUGAAAGUGAGGAGGGUGCUGAAAGCGACUGUGGCGGCUGAGCUCUGGGUCGACCUCUCCUAUACCGUCCAGCCGCCAAGACAUUCGCGGAAGAGACAUGUACAUGUGCGCAUCUGUGUGUGGUGGAAAUGAAUUUCUCGUGACCGCGUUUCGCAUAAGCUGUUUUGGAACUACCAACGAGAAAAGAGAUUUCGAAGCCUGGAGAAUACACUUCCGCCUGCAGGUAGAAGAACCCAAGCUGGGCCUGCCCAGAUUGGGCAGCGGGAGGUUUGUCGAGACCCUCCGACGAAAAUUCGUUCGGGCCUCCUUUUUUCCAAUCGUUUGUGAGAGUGGCAUUGUCUAGCAGAAACUGAGGAGAAUGGAUUAGCACAUAAAGGUUGUCGCUAUAAAGUUGCGUUGAAGUUUUUCUCUAAGGUAUCUCUGUAUCCUCCUGCCUUUUAUUGGCCAUCUGUGUGCGUGUAGUACCGGAUAUCAUAUGUAUGUGCAUGUAGAAGUUUGGUUCCCUUCACCUUUCGUGUCACUUCUACCACGCUGGAAGCGCGUUUUUUAGCUGGUUGGUGGAUGCGUGUUGGAACUGCUUUCGUGCUCUUUCCGUCGCUGCACUCUGUCUCAGUUCCCCCUGUCUCUAAAAUGUUAUUGUUUGUCGCACGCAACACCGUCUCUACCCUCCUGGCACUCGCGGCUAUCUUUCUGCUGCCGUUCUUGGCGCUCGGAGGCACGGCGAGCGGCUUCGCUUCUCUGCUGGUUUCAGUCCCUUUGCUCAUUCUCUUCGUUUUUGUCUACUGCGCCCAAGUCGCUGCUGUACGAUUCCCCUUGGGCUCAAAAUCCGCUUCCUCGUGUGUAGAAGAAGCAUGCGGCGACCGAGAGCAGAACGGAAAGAGGGGCGCGAGACUGUCUAACCACCUACCAGGCGACGGUGAGACGCAGCAACCCGUCAGCUUCCUCGCUCUUCUUCGUCUGGUCUUCCAGUACGCUGUGUCGCGAGUCUUUCCGCUCUGGAGGGUGGACUUGGCUCUCCCGUAUCGCAUAGAAGGGCGCCAUGUGCUCAUCAGUGGAGGGUCAAAAGGCAUUGGCUUGUCCCUCGCCUUGGAGUGUGUUCGGAAACGCGCGAAAGUGAUUUCUCUCGUUGCCCGGACGCUCUCAACUCUGCAAGAUGCACAGUCCCUGUGCAUCGAGGAGGCGAAGAACCACUCAAUUUCUAUGGCGAUACAAGUCAUCCAAGCAGACUUGGCAGAUGCUUCGACCGUUCAAGAGACUCUGGAAAAAGCAGUGAAUCUUGAGGGAAGCGUUGUUUUCUCUGACGAGGCGCACGAGCUGAAGACGUCAUUCGAGCUCGAGAAGUUGUCUGCGCCGUCAAAGAAGGGACCCAGACACGCCAGUGGAUUAUGUCCGGUGGAUUUUCUGUUUUGUAACGCGGCGGCGGUAGAGCCGAGAACCUUGGAGACAACGCCGUCUUCGGAAGUGUGCAGGAUUCUCGACAUGAACAUGAAGUCGACAAUCCUCCAAAUCAAGGCGGUGCUGCCCUGCAUGCAGCGCAGACACUUCGGGUGUAUAUGCUUCACAAACAGCAUCGCGGCUCUCGUCCCCAUCUACGGUCUCGCACUCUACUCAGCGACGAAGGCCGGUUUCACGGCGCUCUUUACGGCGCUCGAACAAGAAACCGCCGGUUCCAACAUUCUUUUCGCAAAUGCAUAUCUCCCUUCUGUCGACACUCCAGGGUUCCAACGAGAGAAAGAAGUCAGACCGACGCUGACGGCGAAGCUCGAGGGCACCAUCACUGUGCGUUCUGCAGACGCAGUCGCUAGAGAUGUUGUCGAUCAGAUUGAAAGGGGGAAAAACUGCAUUACAGUCUGCGAAGACGGAUGGCUCCUCAGCAGGCGCGCGGCAACGUUCUGCUCUUCCACAUCGUUUGCGAAUCUGGUCUUUGAAGUGCUUGGGGCAGGAUUCGUAAGAUUUUACCUAGUCUGGAUGCAUGCCCUAUUCCAGUUCACGUCUGCCAGAGAGAGGAAGCAGGCGUUUACGGAGACCGGGGAAACAGACGAGUCCGCGGAUGCCACGAAGAAGCGGAGCUAAGUGGUUCCUUCUCACGUCGGCUUGUCCGAGGAUAGCUAAGAACGCAGUUGCCGAUGUAAACAAAGAACUCAGCCAUUUUGACUCCCCCUGUCUCGAGAGGUGUAGCUUUUUGUAAGCCAGACGAGUCUAGCGCGUCCCACGCAGUUCAGGCACAUGCAGGACGCGUAUGCGUGUCACAGUGUGUGUUUCUGCGGGGAGUAUGGUGGGGAAAGGAUGCACGGAACGGCCGCUUCCCCGAGACGAGUGCAAUUAUCCAGACGGUGGAGAGCAGGAGCCAGGGGUGGCGUUGGUGAGUGGUAGUAAAAGCGGCUUCGACUUGCAAGCGUUCUGUGGAAACUCGUCGACCUCCCAGAUCUCCGUCCUAAUAUUGUUUGCCUACAUAUAUACAGAAAAAAUCUUUACAUAUCAAGAAGAGUUCCACUAAACAGCGAUAGAAAUAUAUACAUGCGUCUGUUGUUUCUGCACUACAUUGUCUCUCGAGUUCCGUUUUACAGAUUUGAAAUGCGAGGGAGUUACUGACGCAUGUGCUCAGAAGCAGGCUGCGUGCUUAAGGCGGUCGAUUUGUUUUAGCCUCGUGAAGGCUGUCAAGCAUUCGAUGGUGGGUGGGAUGUUUGUUUACGCAUUUACUCGUUGUGGAUGUUUUUCACCUCGAGGUGAUCUGGACAGUUGCGUGUCAUCAGUGCGUGUUAGCGAAGUGAUCGCCAACAUCCCAAAACUCGGUUCCCACAUGGAACGUGUAGAGCGCUUCUGCUACAUUCGACGCAUUGAGAAGCAGGGAACGAUUGUGUUUCUUGGAUUUUCCCUCUCGACUGGCUUUUCAGAUUGCGCUCCGUGUCCAGAGUACUGUCCGUGAAAAGUGAAACUUGGACGAGAGACGAGCGUGUAACAUUGAGCAUGAUCCAGAAUCUGGUAACAUCCUACCCCCUGAGAACAGGGUUGACUAACCAAGAAACGGUAUCCUUUACGGUUUUCUUCAUGCAGUCAAUGCAUGCAGUGUGCCUACAUCCAGUUUUGUUGUGGCUGCAUUCACAGAUCCGCGUGUG